AUGGAGUCCAUCUCCAAGGCCGAGUACAAUGUCCGCAAUCUGAAGACUCGCUCCGUGACCCUGUUCCCCAGCCGUGCUCAGAUCUGUAGAGAACUCAAGGACAUCCCACUCCACCCAGGCACCAACGAGAUCACCAUCAUCGGUCUCUCCCCAACCGUAGAUGAGCAAUCUAUCAAGGUCGAAGGCAGCGGCUCGGCCAUCAUUUCCGACAUUGCUGUCGAGUCCCUGCCAAAUCGAGACAUCUUUGAGGAUAUCUAUCCAGAAUUCGAGCAAGACAAGACCAAGAACGAGGCAGAAGACGAUGUCAGCGAGAGCGACGAGGAGCCAGAGUUCGCUGAGAGUGCUGAGCUCCAGGCUGCCAAGAACAAUGUCAAAGACCUUCUAGAUCUUCUCAAAGCUGCCGAGGAGUCUGAACAGGCUGCCGAGAAGCGUCAAGCCAGCCUGGACUCUACCACCGUAACCCUCAAUUGGGAGUCCAAGGUCGAUGUGGAGGAGACCAUGGACUCGGUCAGCCGCGCCCGCGACAAGCUCGCCACAAGGCGGAUCGAGGCGGCAAGAAGGCAGCGAGAGCUGUCCCAGCCCUUGGCCAAGGCCAGGCAGCAGGCCGAUCGCCUAGGCAAGCUGCACCGGCGGGAAAAGGCCCGGGCUACGCAGGAGGCCAAGAGGAUCCGGCUGGCCAAGACCAAGGCGAAGCUCCAAGAGUCCCGCCGGGAGGAAGAGCGCCUGAAGGAGAAGGCGCGCAAGCGCAAAGAGUACGAGAAGUUCUGGCCCAAAUACUGCUACGCGGUCCGGAUCCAGCUCGUCGCCAAUACCUUUACUCCCACGACGUCGCGCCGGGCGUCUGUCUCGAGCGAUGUCGACAUGGUGGUCGAGCUUGCAGCCCCCGAUGUCAGCGAGCAGCCGCGCACCAUCGAUCUCGUGCUCUCGUAUGUGACGACGUCUGCAUACUGGUCGCCCAGCUACGAUCUGCAGCUCUCCACGACCAACGCUACGGGCCUGCUGUGUUUCGAUGCUCAGAUCCACAACACCACGUCGGAGACCUGGGACAAGUGCAAGAUCACCCUCUCCACCUCUCUGGCUGCAUUCUCUGUCCUUGAGGAGACGAUGCCAUCUCUUGUGCCCUGGCACCUCGAGCUGGCACCCAAGGAAGGGCCCGCGGCGGUGGAGGAUAACGCCGUUCUCUACAGCAAGGAGGAGAAAAUGCACAAGGCCAAACCCUUGUGCUCAUGGGGCAAGAAGAGCCAUACUUCCAUUGAGAAAUCCAGGAGCGAGAUGUUCGGAACGUCUUCGCCGCCGACAGUGGCUGCCCUGGCUUCAAUGAACCCGGCCCAUUUUCAGAUGGCUACUCAGCAAGCUGCUCAACAAGCGGCAAUGCAGCAGCAGCAGCGUCAACGGCAGCUUCUCGCUCAGCAGCAACAGCAGCAACAGCAGCAGCAGCAACAGCAGCAACAGCAGAUGCAACAGAUGCCACAGAGAAACAUCCAGAACUUCCUCAACCAGCCAACAAACAACGGCAUGGUCCCGUCUUACGAGACCGCCUCCACAACCAGCACCGAAGACCUCCAGCACCUCGACUUCCAAGAAUCCCUCGUGGAGGAGAUGGGCUUCUCCACCUCGUACGACCUUCCCGGCCUCAAGACGCUGGCGCCCAAGUCCAGCUCGUCCAAGCAGCGCGUGGCCCGCCUCAGCUUCUCCAACAUCCACUACUGCCACACCGUCGUGCCCAAGUACCGCUCGGCGGCGUACCUGAGCGCCAAGAUGCUCAACUCGAGCAAGCUAACCCUCCUGCGCGGCCAGGUGGGAGUGACCCUCGACGGCAGCUUCAUGGGCCGCACGAUGCUCCCCAAGUGCGGCAGCGGCGAGAGCGUCAACCUCAGCCUAGGCGUCGACCCGGCCAUCCGCGUGGGCUACUCGCAGCCCGAGAUGAAGCGCGCCACGAGCGGCUUCUUCACCAAGGAGGACAUCAAGCUGUACGAGCGGGCGAUCCGGGUGGAGAACACGCGCACAACCGCCGACUCCCCCGUCAAGCUCAUCGUGUCGGACCAGGUGCCGCUGUCGAGGGACGAGAGCCUGCGCGUCGAGCUGCUCAAGCCCGAGGGCCUGGUCGUCGGCGCCGAGAGCCAGCCGGCGGGAGAGCCUGGCAAGGACAAGGACGAGGAUUGGGGUUCGGCCAAGGCGCAUCUGCGCAAGACGGGCACGAUCGACUGGCUGGUUGCGCUGCAGCCGGGCAAGUCUGUCAAGUUGUCGCUCGAGUAUCUCGUGGCAACGCCGAUUGGGAACCAUGCGAAGCAGGCCUGGGCUUAG